AUGGCACACGAAUCGCCCGAAUCCGGCCACCGCACCCCGCUGCCCAUCGACGGCGGUCCGCUCACCGUUGUCGACGUCGAGCAGGUCGCCCGUCAGGGCCGACGCGUCGAGCUGAGCCCGGCGGCGCUGGAGCGCAUCAGCCAGUCCCGGAAGUUCCUCGAAUCGACGAUCGGGCACGGGCGGCCGAUCUACGGCGUGAACACGGGCUUCGGCUCGUUCGCCACCAAGACGAUCCCACCGAACAAGCUGGGAGAGGUGCAGAAGAACCUGAUCCGCUCGCAUUCCACGGGUGUGUCCGACGCGCUCCCGGUGGAGACGGUGCGGGCGAUGCUCUUCAUCCUCGCGGGCUCGCUCUCGCGGGGGCACUCGGGUGUGCGUCCCAAGCUCGUGCACGCGAUCGUGGACCUGCUCAACGCGGGCAUCACGCCGGUCGUCCCCUCCGUCGGCUCGGUGGGCGCCUCGGGCGACCUCGCGCCGCUCGCGCACGCGAUGCUCGCGGUGCUCGGCGAGGGCGAGGUCAUCGUCGGCGGCGAACGAACGGACGCCGCGAAGGCGCUCAAGAAGGCGAAGCUCGACGCGAUGGACCUCACGGCGAAAGAGGGCCUCGCGCUGAUCAACGGGACGCACCUGAUGUGCGCGCAGGCGGCGCUGCUCAUGGCGGACAUCGAGCGGGUCUUCGACGCCGCGACGAUCGCCGCGUGCAUGAGCAUCGAGGGCUGCCUGGCGACGGACGCGUUCCUCGACGCCCGCGUCUACCGGGCGCGGAACCACUCCGGCCCGGCCCGCGUCGCGGCCCGAAUGCGCACGGCGCUGGCGGAUUCCGGGAUCACGAAGAGCCACUCGGUCGACGACCCGCGCGUGCAGGACCCCUACUCGCUCCGCUGCGUCGCCCCGGUGCUCGGCGCGGCGCUGGACGCGAUCGAGAACUUCCGCCGCUCGCUCCUCCGGGAGCUCGGCGCCGUGACCGACAACCCCCUCGUCUUCCCCCCCGACGGGACGGACGUGCGGAACAUCAUCAGCGCCGGCAACUUCCACGGCAUGCCCAUCGCGCUGCCGCUCGACCAGGUCUGCAUCGCGAUCGCGCACGUCGCGGGCAUCGCGGAGCGCCGGGUCUACCUCAUGCUCUCGGGCAACGACACGUACACCGGCGUCCCGGCGCACCUGAGCCCCGAGCCCGGGCUCCAGUCCGGUCUGAUGAUCGCCCAGUACACCGCCGCGGCGUGCUGCAACGAGAUCGCGACCCUCUGCACGCCGGCGUCCGUCACGAACAUCCCGACGAGCGCGGGCGUGGAGGACUACAACUCCUACGGCCCCCGCUCCGCGGCCAAGGCGCGGCGGGCGAUCGAGCUCGCGCGGUACGUCGUCGCGAUCGAGAUGCUCUGCGCGGCCGAGGCGAUGGAGUACCACAGGCCUCUGAAAUCGGGCGACGGCGUCGAGCGGGCGCACGCGCUGGUGCGGUCGGUGGUGCCCAAAUUGAGCGAGGACCGCGCGACGGCGCACGACAUCGACGCCAUCGUCGCUCUCAUCGACGAGGGGCGGUUUGGCUGA